AGAGAGAGAGAGAGAGAGAGAGACUGAUUAUCCAAGCCAUAUCAAACCAUUGUCACAGGAGGUAUAUUAUUCUUUUCUGAUCGCCGGAAAUGAUCUUUAAUCCAAUAGCUUCCCCCCUUUUUAAUAAUCAGAUUUAACAACCCCCCUUUUAUCAAUCAGGCUCAACAGUUGUCUUCAAAGUUGCAGCUCUUUUGUGAAAUAGGAAGGUGAAUGGGACAACUCAAGGAGGUUUGGAUGAUUUGUGAAUGUCUGUAAAUGUUCCAGUGUAUGCCGUCUUCAGUUCAAAAUUCUCUCUUCAACGGAAUGCAUCUACUGCUGUUCAUUUCAUUCUGCCUCAGUCUCUGCUCCUCGGUGCUGGGUGCAGCAGUAACGCCUUCAUGUAGUGCUGUAUACAGAGGCUUUGCUGACUGUCUGGUCACUUUGGGUGACAGUGUGAGCUCCAUGAAUGAUAACCCACAGGACAUCAACUCCAUUUGCAAGUCAUGGGAUGCCUUCCAGAUGUGUGUGAGUGGUGUAUUGUCAGGUUGCCGUGGCGAUGCAGCUGAAAUCUGGGAAUCUUUGAGGGCAGAGUCCCGGAAAACAGCAUUUGCUGGGAACCUCUACGACACGUGUGCCAGUCGCACUCAAGCUGUGACUGCAACCACACCUCUGGUUCCCAGCACUGACCAAACCAAUCAGGAAACCCUCAGAGGACUCGCCCGUUCUGUCAGCCACUCAGUCAGUGAAGAGCUGCUCAUGACAUGUUUCUUUCUUCUCCUGCUGCUUCGGAUGUAA